AGCCUAAAUCCAUUAAAAGAAACGGAAAAAGAGUGAGUGAGGAGAUCGCGAAGCCUUGGAAAGUGAAGGUAACGAAGUUAGCGCGCCAAUUCCAGCCAAAAGCUUACUUUCGGCCGCAACUGAAGUCCGAGGGCCGUAAGAGACCUUGGGGUAGGGUCGCAGAUGGGAGAGGAUCUGGCCAGGCCCGGGAGGGUGUUCGGCCCAGGAGGUGAAGUGGACCGAGGCCUAGGGCAGCGGCAAAAACAGCGGCACCAGCAGCAGAAGCCGGAGAGGAAGCGCCGCCGCCUACAACUUGAUCCCCGGCGCGGCCCUUCAUACACUCGGCCGCGCGACACCCAUCAAGCUGGAAUUGAUGGAGUUGGAGAACAUCGUAGCCAAUACUGUGUACCUCAAAGCGAGAGAAGGUCAGUGCGGUGGUGACAGCAACAAAGGAAAGAGUAAAAAAUGGCGAAAGAUACUUCAAUUCCCACACAUAUCGCAAUGCAUCGGACUCAAAGAUAAACUUGAUAUUCGAUACAGCUAUGUGGUUGACCAGCAACCUAUCGGCCGACUGCUUUUUCGGCAGUAUUGCCAAGACAAGAAGCCAGCUUAUCACCGUUACAAUCUCUUUUUGGACGCGAUCGAAAAAUACGAGGUGGAAAUGGAUGAAAAUAGGACAGAGAUGGCGAAGAUAUUGUUUGAACAACACUUGAAGCGCGAAGGCUCCGAGGUUGUCGACAUACUCAAUGAUUCGCUUAUCGCUCAAUGCGAGGAAAGACUUGGCAGUGCUGGCAAGGAGAUCUUCGGUGAAAUUGCUCAAACAGUUAAGAAUUUUCUUGCUGGCGAGCCUUUCGUCGCUUUUCUCACAACCUUUUAUUUUUACAGGUAUCUGCAAUGGAAGUGGUUGGAAGCGCAGCCCGUAACGUAUAAAACCUUUCGCAUGUACCGAGUAUUGGGAAAGGGUGGCUUCGGCGAAGUGUGCGCUUGUCAAGUACGCGCAACCGGCAAAAUGUACGCUUGUAAAAAGCUCGAAAAGAAGCGAAUCAAAAAACGUAAAGGCGAGGCUAUGGUACUCAUCGAAAAGAACAUCCUUCAGAAGAUCAAUUCCAAGUUCGUUGUCUCAUUGGCUUAUGCCUAUGAAACUAAGGACGCACUCUGUCUCGUCCUUACCAUCAUGAAUGGCGGUGAUCUCAAAUUCCACAUUUAUAAUAUGGGUGGGGAGCCAGGAUUCGACAUCAACAGGGCCAGGUUUUACGCAGCGGAGGUUGUUUGCGGAUUGGAGCAUCUGCAUUUACAAGGCAUCGUCUACCGAGACUGCAAACCCGAAAAUAUUCUCCUUGAUGACCACGGCCAUGUGCGGAUCUCCGAUCUCGGACUCGCGGUUGAAAUUACCGAAGGGGAUAUGGUGCGCGGACGAGUCGGCACCGUUGGCUACAUGGCGCCCGAAGUCAUUGAUAACGAGAAAUAUACUUUCUCACCCGAUUGGUUUAGUUUCGGCUGUCUGCUUUAUGAAAUGAUCGAGGGCCAGGCGCCUUUUCGUGCUCGCAAGGAGAAAGUGAAGCGAGACGAGGUCGACAGGAGGGUCAAGGAAGAUCAGGAAAAAUACUCACACAAAUUCACAGAGGAGGCCAAGAGCUUGUGUCAGAUGCUGUUAAAGAAGAGCCCUAAAAGCAGACUUGGCUGUAAAUGUGGCAGGCAUGGCGCUAAGGAGAUUAAACUUCAUACCUUUUUCCAAUGUCUCAAUUGGAAAAGAGUCGAGGCGGGUAUGUGGGAGCCACCAUUCAUCCCUGAUCCACAUGCAGUGUAUGCCAAGGACGUCUUGGAUAUUGAGCAAUUUUCUACUGUGAAGGGCGUUAAUUUAGACGCAACGGAUGAUACAUUUUACAGUAAAUUUAAUACAGGAAGCGUGUCGAUUCCUUGGCAAAACGAAAUGAUUGAAACAGAAUGCUUUAAAGAGCUCAAUGUACUUGGUCCAAACAAUACACCAACCGCGGAUCUGCUAAUAAAUCAUCUACCGCAAAAUAAUGAAAAUAGAGGCUGCUUUCCCUUCCGUAGAAAGAAAAAGCAGAGCGCACGAACUCGAGAAGUUCCGCUAUCAGAGUGCCAUUUGUUACAAUUAUCGCAAAGCCAAAGUUCGGAGAUGCCAGCUAGCUGAUCCAAGAUGAAUUUCGUGAACGGCAACGUAACGACGACUGACUCGGCGCCAGAUACAGCGGUACGACACCAUUUCUACAGUAGUCGCUGCUAUUUACGCAGCUUCUCCUGGAAUAAGACCUCGGUGAAGGUUAACAAGCAAGUGGACGAUGAGUGCAAUGGCGCACAUUGUAUCGCUUAAAGCACAACUAACCUCGAGAGAAGUCAAAACUAGUAUCGCAGUUAGCUCAAUCAAACUUUUUACAUUCAAAUAGCAUUUAUUUAAUUUAUAUAAGUAUGUAUUCCAAUGAGCCUAAAUUAGUUUGUUUCAAAUAUAAUAAUAUUUAUUCAGCCAAAAAUAUUUAUUUAUUUUGAAAACGCUUUUCUAGAAUGUAAUAGAUAUUAAUUAGAAUCAAAUAUCUAUUUAGGAGUAUUGGGAUAAAUAUUUAUUUUAAUUAAAUAACAUUUCUUUCAAUAGCAUCGAAAUAACAAGAAAGAAAGAAAGAAAGAAAGAAAGAAAGAAAGAAAGAAUCGGAAUAAUUUCACGAUAUGACUGUUGACGCACAUGCUCAAUUUUUUAUUCAGCUUUUAUUUGUUUACUAAAGAAAAAUCAAAGGUUUGAACACAAGAUAGCCAUACUAGAAAUAAAUAAUCGUUAAAGCAGAAGGUUUUUAUUAAUAAGCCACUGUCUAAUCUAUUGUCCAUCUAAAGCUUGGAAAACGAAAUUUUGUUGACAUCUAGAUUGUAAAAAAAUGUAUCUAUCUUCGUUUCCAUAUACUUUGAUAAAAUUAAGACUACGAAUCGUUGAAUUUCUCGACUUUAGGAAGAAUAGUUGCAUCAAAUAGCGGAAAGUUUACAAAUCAUAAGGAACAAAAUGUUCGUUAUUUGUACUCUAAAAAUUAUAGAAGUUUUCAUAUAAUCACAAUUAACUUUAAAAUAUUUAAAAAUCAUUAAU